AAAACAGGUCAAAGCGCAAACUUCCUUUCCUUCCUCCCCUGCGGCCUGCCUGCCAAAUUUUCGUAUAUCCACUACCUUCUCUCACUGUUCGCUUAGCAGCCACUAGAACCGCAAUUCGCAUUGUCAUUCUAUCUCUUAUCUCCAGAAAAAGAAAAUGCAAGCAGCUGCAGCGGCAGCCAUGGCGGCUCACGCAAUCCUGACAGCUUCCCCUUCGUCUUAUACGCUCCUUGCCCCCGUUUCGAAACCCGUCGCCGCCCACCACCAACCACCGGCUCUCCAUUCUAUCUUCAAUGGAGUUAAGCUCCCUCUUCGUCAGUCCAUGGCUUCUCUGUCCCUAGCUGCUCCCUCCACCAAGAAGCCCCUCACCGUCGUCGCUGGCACCAAGAAGGCCGUCGCUGUUUUGAAAGGCACUUCCAGUGUCGAAGGCGUUGUCACCUUGACUCAGGAAGAGGACGCAGGCCCAACAACUGUAAGUGUUCGCAUCACUGGUCUCACUCCAGGGUCUCAUGGUUUCCACCUGCAUGAGUACGGGGACACAACGAAUGGCUGCAUUUCAACAGGACCACAUUUCAAUCCCAACGGCUUGACUCAUGGUGCUCCUGAAGAUGAAGUCCGACAUGCGGGCGACCUGGGAAACAUAGUUGCUAAUGCUGAUGGUGUAGCAGAAGCAACAAUUGUGGACACACAGAUCCCUCUGAGUGGCCCUAAUGCAGUAGUCGGAAGGGCUUUUGUGGUCCAUGAGCUGGCGGAUGAUCUCGGAAAGGGUGGGCAUGAGCUUAGUUUGAGCACAGGAAAUGCAGGAGGUAGACUUGCAUGUGGUAUGUAUCACUUUCCAGUUCUGUUCUCAAUCUCUUCUUGUUCUGCCUGAUUAACUGUUCCUUGACUAACUCUUCUGAGCAUAUUAGGGUAGCUCAUUUGUUGGUUGACUAACCAUGUGUAUGGUGAGUGAUGAUUCACUUUACUGUUUGCAUGGCAGUUGCCUCUGUUCCCAAAUAACAUACAUCUAUGUCCAAAAUUCGAAUUCGUAAAAAUUUAUGGAAGAGGAAGGGAUAGUGGGCUGAAUUGAAAGCCUAUUCACUUGCCAAAACUCUAUAUACCGGUAGAUCGAAAAGUUUGUGGUGCGGCUAUACUGAAAAUGAGUAGAUCCAUUAGCUUGUCAUUUGAAGUUUGGUAAGCAAGCCUCAAACCUUGCAACCCUCAUUCAUAAGGUGAUUUCAAGAUCAAAGACUAUCUAUAUGAUGUUCUCGGAAAACCUGACUCAGUUUUGAUAGAUAUGGGAAUCUUGAGCUGAGAUGUCUUGCUCUCAAUCUAGAUUCGAGAAUGUGAGUUGAGUACACGGCGUACUACAGUACUAGGACCUGAACUAUCAUGCACAAACUUUACUGUCAAAUCACUUAUUAAUUUCUCUUAGCAGCAGCAUUUCUACGUUAAUGGAGUCGCUUCUGUGCCUCGCUGACCCUUGUUUGUGCAUUGGCUGCUUCUGAUAUGUCCAUCGCAUUCUGUUCCCCUUUGUGGUGCAGGUGUUGUCGGCUUGACGCCUAUAUAAUUUACAAACAAAUCAAAAUUCUGGAGUAUGGUGACCGUGCUCAUAUGCCCAGUUUUUCAUACUACAGGCCAAUGUUGAUUGUGGUUCCAAAUUUAGAUGUGUACUCUAUGCAUGUGAAUGAGGAAACAGAACCAAAAAAGCUGCGAUAUUUCAGCCAGCAGCAAUAGAUACACUUGAGAUGCUUGUUGGUUCGACUUCGACAGCAGCAGCUUUCUGUAAUUGGAUUAUUCUGUAAGCAGAAAAGAGAUGGAGAAGCAUUGGGCCCGUUUUUUAUGAUUAGCUUUCCUUGAGAUUUACCUAAUUGCGUGUGGAUUGGGCUAGAGUUUAUGGCCCAAAUGGAUGCCCAUGGAAAAUGUCCAUGGCGAUUGGCGACCCAACAGAAGCUAAAAGCCGUAGAGCAUAUAGUGCUUCAAAAUGAGUUGAGUUGAGUUGAGUUGAGCGGAUUUUUUAUCUAAUUUGAGUCGAGCUCAGCUGGUUUACGAUAAAUAAAUACCUCUGUGUAAUAUCCGGACGAAACCUAACCUAUCAUCUUUCUACUUUCAUUUUC